AUGCCCCCCCAAAUAGCCUUCAUAUCCGGCCCCAUCGACACCGGCCCCAACGAAUCCUACUUCCACACACACUACCCCCCGCUCCUCACCGCCGCCAUCACUCGCAAUGACUCCUUCGUCCUCGGCCCACUCCCCUACGGCGUCGACUCUGAUGCCCUCUCCUACCUCCUCCAGUACCCAGUCUCUCCCGCCCGCAUCACCAUCUUCGUGACCUCGCGCGAGGACAGCCUCUGGGGAAUGCAGUUUCGCGCGCUCGGGGUCAAUGUGCAUGUUGUCGAGGGGGAUAGUACCCACGAUCGGGACGCCGCUAUGACUGCUGCCAGCACGUAUGAUAUCCUGAGGAUCAGGACGGAGGAGGAGGCGAAGCAGAUGUAUGGGAGGUUGUGGAGGGAGGGGUACGUGACGAAUACGGAGAGGAACUGGAGGAGGAGGAGGGGAGUGGGGGAGGAUGAGAGGGUGGAAGCGGAGGUGGUUAACGGAGUGUUGGGGGUGAAUGGGGGGAAGAAGAAGAAGAAGAGGUUUUUGGGGAAGGUUUUGGGGAGGUGA